GAAACUGGCAACGGUCUUUGCCAUGUCCAUUUUUAAACACCCACCAAUCCCAUCCAUGGUCAUGAGUUAAAUACUCAAAAUAAUACUAUGGAAUGCAGGUUUUAAAUGUUAAUAUUUUUCCCUUCACCAGAGUGAUAAAGUUUUCAUUGAAGCCUCCCAGACAAUUCAGAGCUGAUUUCAAGAGCGUACAUUUUUAAAUGACAAAAAAGUUAUUAUGAAUGGAAAGGAAUCUCUGCCUUCCCAAAACACAAGAUUGAUUUCACCCGUAAUCAUUGCUCAGAUUGAUGAGGAUAAGUCCAGAAGAAACCAGCUCUCUCUGCCUAUGCAGGCCCUGAUCCCCCAGCCCAGAGCUUGUCACACGAAGCCAUCCUUGCCUAACCAGGGCUCAGCCAUCGUGAGCAGAACAUUUUUGGUGCUUCCCAGCCGGUUAGAGAUUCAGGCAUCCUUAGAAGACACCAUGUCACCAUCGGACUCUCCCAGCCCAAAGCAGUGGCCAGGCCAGCAGAGAGGCUUUGCCUCCAUCACUGUCACAGCCAGGCGUGUUCCUGUGGGCUCUGGAGGCCUGGCACGUGGCCCUGGGGCUGGCCAGGAGCCCAGCACCGUGUCCCCCACCUCCAGCAAGGUCCCUGCUCUCCUCGAGCGCUGGCCUCCCCCAGCCCAUGCCAACCAACCUCCUUUAAAGGUUUCCAAGUCUUGCUCAAACUUAGGUGAAGAACCCCAAAAGCAGCUUUUUGACCCUGGAAUCAAGGAGGAUGGCGUGGGUCUCCAAAGCAGUGAUGGGAGGGAGAAAAUUCCACCUUCAUUCUUCUCCUGUGUCCAGCUCCAGGUGUCUGAGCCGUGUCCAAACACCAUCUAUUAUUUGGACAAGUCGCUCAGUGUGUGCAUUGACCAGCCUCGAGUUAAAUGCCAAAAAAUGUAUAGAUCCACGUUGUCCUUGAGCCUGAAGUGCAGUUUGUCCGGAUUAACAGCAGAUGGAGUAGAUGGCAUAGCUAAUGGAGAGCCCAUGGAGGAGAGAGCUCCAAGGGAGCUCCCAGGAGCACACGAGGCUCCACUCAGAUCCCACCUGAGCACAGACUUCACGGGAAAUAAGGUAAUUAAGGAGGAGAAAACAAAGGAAGGACAUUUGGGUCGUAAACACCCUUUGCAAAGUGUCUUUGCCUCGGGACUUCCAGCAUUUGUGGAUAUUCCCAGAGGACCUCACAAGGCAGCAGCAGCAGCGGAAGAGGAUGAGCAGCCUGGCAGCCACCACACGGUGUUUUCCCUCCAAAUUCCUAAUUCAAGCAAUGAGGCAGGAACACCAAUGCUGUUGGGAAGCAGGAAGAGGAGCAGCACAACAGCCCCUGGCUCCCUUCCAGAUGCAGCCCCCAGAGAAACCAUUGCUGCUGCUCCUGAUGGCCCAUCCAACUGGGCAGAUCCCUCCAAAGACACCUCCAAAUCCAAAGAGAUCCAAGCACAGGCUGUCCUGAAACCAAAAAUGUCUGUCUCCAACAGCGUGUGCAACAUAAAGGCGUCAUCAAGGAUCCUCUGGGAAGAAAAUGUUCAUGGGCAAAAGCAGCUCCUAAAAAGCAAUUAUGAAUUCCCUGCUCCGAGGGACAGAGCAAAGGAGCUCGAGGCACAGGACGAGCGAGGCAGGAGGGUGACACUGUCCAGGGUGCCACUGUCCAGGGUGCCACUGUCCAGGGUGACACUGCCCAGGGCCCACUCUCCAGGUGUGACCUGGGAGAAAAACCUGCUCACCUGGCCAGAACCCAGCUCCCAGCUGGAGCAAACUCCAGCAGCCCCAUGGACACUGCGGGAAGCCCUGGAGAUCCACAACCCUCAGUUCAUCUCCCGCUCCCAGAAGAGGCUGAAGAGGCUGGAGCUGAUGGUGCAGCUGAGGAGGGCCCAGCACAGGGAGGCUCCCCCAGGCACCCCCCGAGCUCUGGCUCGCAAGCUCUCCACCUCCACUUCCAGCAAGAAGAAGCAGUUCACCAUCCCUGACCCUCUCAGUGAUAACCUCUUCAAACCAAAGGAGAGAGUCAUUCCCGAGAAGGAGAUGCACAUGAGAUCUAAAAGGAUUUAUGACAAUUUACCUGAGGUUAAGAAGAAACAAGAAGAGAAACAGAAGCGGAUCAUCAUCCAGAGUAACAGGCUGCGUGUGGAGAUGUUUAAAAAGCAAUUACUGGACCAGCUCCUUCACAGGAACACGGAGUGAGAAAGGAGUCUCUUGCUCAUCAUCCUAAUUGCAUCUUGAAUGCCUUUGACUUCUAGAUAAGCCAUAAAAUUAACUGUUAUCUCAAUUA